CCUCUCGUCCCGUCUAUAAGCAAUACUAGCAGAAUAACAUCGUCAGCGGUCAGCCAUUAUCGUGAGAUGUGAAGUUUUUUUUCGUAAUUCGUUCAAGAUUAAAAAGCUUGAAAAAUUGUUGUCGAUUGAAAUUAAAAUACCGACGCUGAAAUGCAUACGAUCCCAGAAUUAGGUACGAGUGUACCAGCGUUCCUUGCCAAGCUUUGGAAACUGGUUGAAGAUCCCGAAACUGACGACCUUAUUUGUUGGUCACCUAAUGGAAGGAGUUUUUUCAUUAGAAAUCAAGCACAAUUUGCCAGAGAAUUAUUACCACAUUAUUAUAAACACAAUAAUAUGGCCAGUUUUGUCCGACAGCUGAAUAUGUAUGGUUUUCACAAGAAAGUUUCUGUUGAAUUGGGUGGCCUAAAAUGUGACAGGGAUGAAAUGGAAUUUGCACAUCAGUUUUUCUGUAAAGGCCAUCCGUAUCUUGUAGAACAUAUUAAAAGAAAAAUUGCUUCUAGUAAAGGACAAGAUCCAGCACUUACUCCUAUUAAACCAGAAUUAAUGAACAAAAUGCUUACUGAAGUAAGAAGUAUGAGAGGUCGUCAAGAACAUUUAGAUUCAAGACUUGGGGCCAUGAAAAGGGAAAAUGAAGCACUGUGGAGAGAAUUAGCAAUGCUUAGGCAGAAACAUCUCAAGCAACAGCAAAUUGUCAAUAAGCUUAUACACUUUUUAGUGACUCUGGUACAGCCUUCUAGAAGUGGUGGUCUCUCUGUUAAAAGGAGAUACCCGCUAAUGAUCGACGACUCUAACCGUCAACGUAAACAGCCAAAAUUGCAGAAGUCACAAACAUCACCAGCGGGGCCUGUAAUACACGAACUCGAUGCAUCAGAACCGGAUCUGGAUUCAGAAUAUAUUGUUGCAGAAAUGUUAGAAGGACAUCCAAAUCCAGCUAUUGAAAGUCCAGAACAUAAUAACACAUCAAUAAUAGAAGAUAACAAUAUGGAAUCAGUUCAUUUAGUUGAUGAUUCUGUUCAACUACAAGAUGAUAUGCAACUUAUUAAUCCACAAGAAAUCGACGUAAAGAAAAAGCGUGGAUGUAAAGGUAAAAAGAAGAGGAAAAACAAGGUGCCGGUCAAAAUUUUGAUCCCAUCGACGGAGAAUGGAGAGGAACCAAGGGAAGAAACACAUUUACUUGAAAUGCCAUUAGAGGAUUCAUCGGUGAUUGCUUUGCUGGGAAACAAACCAGUUUCUAAGCCAGUACCUGUGGCAACUGUGCGCAGCUCAAAACUUGCAGCAAUGGCAGCUAAUAUGAACAAAACCACUGAUGUAGAACACGAACUUGAUUUGGAAACUGCAACAGACGAAGAUGUUCAAGAGAAUGAUCCAACCCUAGUGAAGCUUGAAGACAUUUUGAUAGUACCAGAAAUGAUCAAUGAAGAUGUCGAGGACACUGAAAACGUUGAGUUCAAUGAAAACAGUGGCAACUCUGAAACCAAUGAAGAUGAUGUUAUGUUGAGUCAACUUAACAAAGCAGAUAAUAGCAAUGCUGAACAGGAUAACAAGAAAAAUUCUAGUACUGAGAAACAUUCGGAGCAGGACAAAGUCAGCUGUAAUGGAGCAGGCACAAGCAACUCAAAACAUUUAUCAUUGAGUUGCGUCACUCCCUCAGGCGUAUCUGAUGCUUCUUACAGGUUAGGAUCAAUGGAGGAAGUGGAUAAUCAUCUCGAAACAAUGCAAACAGAAUUGGAUAAUCUCCGUGAAAUUCUACGAGGCGAAGGUUACAGUAUUGACGCGAAUACACUUCUUGGUGUAAGUAUUGACGCAAAUACACUUCUUGGCUUAUUUGGAGCAGAUGAUCCAAUGUCUUUUGGUCUGCCAGUUAAUCCCGAGUUGAAUCCACAUUCUGAGAAAGAAGAGGAUGAUCAUGUUAAUGUUACAGAAAACAUUAAUGGAACGGGUGGUGGUGAACUUAUGGCAUAUAAUCCUACUCCAAACUUAUUAGAUUUCGACGAUGACAUUUUUUUGGAGGCCACAUCUCCUGUAACUAGCACAGCAGAUGAUACAGCUACAGUCAAUUUUUAUAAUUCGGAUCCUCUCGAUUUGGAAGAUAACAAAGUUUCACUUCUCAAUUCCUUAACAAACGAUGUAAAUACUUCGUUAUAAAGUCUCAUUCCUAUGCCUUGGAAGAAAGACUGCUGGAUUUUUAAUUACCCUAUUGGUAAUGUCUUCAUUUUAAUUAGCGAGUAUGAUGCUAUGGUGAAUCCUGUUACAAGUUUAAUACAUGAAGGGGAUGAUAUAAAAAAAUUAAAGAAGUACAUACAGUGAUUCAUGCUUACAAUUGCUUGAAGAAGAAAAUGAAGAAAAUAAGCAAGAUAAAGAAUCAAACGAUAUAACGUUGUAAAUUGGGAGAAACAAUGUAUUUAUGUUGAUAAUGAUAGGAACUAAGCAAAUGAAGAUUUAUCCCACAAAUUAUUACUGCAGAGCAGAUAGCGUAAAAAAAAAAGAAUGAAAAUGCGCGUAUUGUGUAUGUAUCAAAAGAGGACUGUAAUUUCCAUUUUCACUGACUUGUAUAUAAUCAUACAGGAUUGUUGCAUUGAUAAAAAAAAACGUAGGAUGUUUUCUAAAAAAACCAUCACCUGAAAAGUAACAAUUUUUUUACAUAAUGUGUGUGUAAUGCACAGUAUUAGAUUAUAAAUAAAAUAAUUCUACAUUGAGCGACGUAUAUACUAAGAAGAUAUGCAAAUAUAUGUGUAAAUUUAUAUAUUUUUUAAAUUUUGUACCAUAGUAAAGAAAACAGUUACGGAAAAAUAUAAUGACGUUAUUAAACAAAUUUUAUACUUUAACGCUUUCAUUUUUUGCAUGUGUGUGUGUAUGUGUAUGUAUGUAUGUAUGUAAUAUAUGCAAAAAAUGAAAGCGUUAAAGUAUAAAAUUUGUUUAAUAACGUCAUUAUAGUUUUCCGUAACUGUUUUUUUUUUUUUUUUGUUGUGGUACAAAAUUUAAA